CCCAGGCCCCAGGUAGAGACCAUGUCCCCAGCCAUUGCUCUGGCCUUCUUGCCACUGGUGGUGACAUUGCUGGUGCGGUACCGGCACUACUUCCGACUGCUGGUACGCACAGUCUUGCUGCGGAGCCUCCGAGACUGCCUGUCAGGGCUGCGGAUUGAGGAGCGGGCCUUCAGCUACGUGCUUACCCAUGCCCUGCCCGGUGACUCCAGUCACAUCCUCACCACCCUGGACCACUGGAGCAGCCACUGCGAGUACCUGAGCCACAUGGGCCCUAUCAAAGGUCAGAUCCUGAUGCGGCUGGUGGAGGAGAAGGCCCCUGCUUGUGUGCUGGAGCUGGGCACCUACUGCGGAUACUCCACCUUGCUUAUUGCCCGCGCCCUGCCCCCUGGGGGUCGCCUUCUCACUGUGGAGCGGGACCCUCGCACAGCAGCAGUGGCUGAAAAAAUCAUCCGCCUGGCUGGCUUUGACGAGCAAACGGUGGAGCUCAUCGUGGGCAGCUCAGAGGAGGUGAUCCCGCACCUACGCACCCAGCACCAGCUGAGUCGGGCAGACCUGGUGCUCCUGGCACACCGGCCCCGAUGUUACCUGCGGGACCUGCAGCUGCUGGAGGGCCAUGCCUUACUGCCAGCUGGUGCCACUGUGUUAGCUGACCACGUGCUCUUCCCUGGUGCACCCCGCUUCUUGCAGUACACCAAGAGCUGUGGCCGAUACCGCUGCCGCGUCCACCACACUGGCCUCCCAGACUUCCCUGCCAUCAAGGAUGGCAUAGCCCAGCUCACUUAUGCUGGACCUGGCUGAGGUCUAGGUCCAGGGGUACUUACUCAUUCCCCCCACCCCCGACCCACCCAAGCAAGGACCUCAGAACAUCCCCUCCCCUCCCUGUUUGGGGCCUGACACAUGGUGGAAUCAUAGCUGGAAAAGCCCUCUUCCCACCUCUGCCCUCCACACUGACCUGAAGCAUCAAAUUCUCUCAGGCUGCUUGGACUCACUCAUCCUCCUCCUUCCAGAGAGAGCCAUGGACUGACAGUUAAGAGGCCUGAGCUUUUAACCCAGCUAUGUCACUGAUUUGCUGGGUGAUUCCAAGGGAGUCCUCGCCCUGCUCUGAGAUUUAAUCCAUUCUCUUAACACUAACGAAGCUGGCUGGGAGAGCUUCGGGGGACUCCCAGCUUUGGGCCUCAGAAAGCCUCCCCUCCCAAGCCCAUGCCAUUCUGGGUGGGAUCAGAGGAAAUAGUAGACAAUGAGUUAGAGGUCCUGCAGAAAUAACUGGGUGCAAGCUGGGCCAGAGGAAAUAGCACAGGAGCCUGGGUCCAGGACCAGGGACACCCUGGCUUUCCCCAGCCCUGGCCAACCUGGCCAAUUAGGUAGGUUUGCCUGAUGUCCCUUGAGUGACCGCUCCCCAAAGUCCAAGAUACUAGAAUCCUCUGGGCCCCGCCAACAAAUAGGGAAUAGACAUGGGGGAAGAAAAAUCA